UCAGAUGGAGAAAAAGACACAGGUUACGGAAGACCAGAGAGUACGUAAUGGUGUUUGUAGGUAAGGUAAUCUUUAGCCUCAGUCUAACUUUAAGGCCUUUGUUAGUUGGGUUGUUUCCUUAACUUGUUCUACUUCGGUUUCUUUGUGAAAAGUGUUGGCAGUUGUGAGAAAGAAGUUUAAACUUUUCUCACGAAUGUGAUUGGUUAGAAGAAGCGUUCUAUGUGACGUAGUUGCCUUUGGUUCUUCCCCACCUGGUGUUCCUGAGUAUUCUGGUUUGAUAAACAGUUUCAAGUCCGUGGAAGUUCCUGAUAAAAAUUUCACGCUUUAUAUUAUAAAUGGAUGGUUGUGGGGUGUCCGGUAGACAUUCGGGCAAACGUGGUUUUAAUUUGGGAAGGCGACUUUGCAGGCAGUUUGUAAACGGCUCAUGCAGGUUUGGUCAGCGCUGUUCUUAUCUGCAUGAGUAUCCUGAAGUGCCUUCAGUUCAAGUGUGCAGGUACUUCCAGAAAGGAGGUUGCUGGUUUGGAGAAAACUGCAGGUAUCUUCAUAUUUCUGGUCCAGACAAUGGGUCUUCCGGUGCCAGGCGUGGUUCGGCACCUGUAGUUAAUGGUUCUGCAUUGCCAGGUCAUGGUUUAUCUGAUCGACGGGGUUCUGAGCCUUCACUUUUCCCUGUGCUGGAUGCAUACAGCUGGAGACGGCGACGAGGGUCUGAACCCUUGGUCACGAGUUUAAGCUUCCAGCAGACUUCACAACACCCAACUACAGAUAUUGCUGAGGAGGAAGAGCAUGCUGUGUUGGAAGCAGGGUCUAUACUUCACCAACAGGAGGAGGGGUUGCAGCUACAGGAAAGUCAUGACCAGGGUCUGCAUCACUUACCCUGCAGUAGUGCAGACAAAUCCACAGUUAAUGCUGCAUCUAAUGUUCAAGAGAAAACUGACCCUAAAACAAACCAACAGGAGAGUGGUGGGCUGGAGAGUGGUGCAACAGCUUCAGUUGAUCAUGGGCUAUCUGAAGCCUACAAUCAAAGCAAAGAUGUCUUCUGUGGUAUCUGCAUGGACAAGGUUUAUGAAAAAAGCACCAUGCGAGAGAGGCGCUUUGGAAUCCUGCCCAACUGCAGUCAUGCCUUCUGUCUUGGCUGCAUCAUGACCUGGAGAAAGACCAAAGACUUUCAGGAAGAGGUCAUAAAAGCCUGUCCACAGUGUAGAGUGAAGUCCUCCUUUUACAUUCCCAGUAAGUACUGGGUUUGUGAGGGUGAGGCGAAGGAAGCACUGAUUGCUUCGUUUAAAGAAAAGAGCAGUAAAAUAAAGUGCAACUUCUUCAUGCGUCAUGGAUGCUGCCCCUUUGCAUCAGAGUGCAUCUUCAGCCAUGAGCUACCACCUGGACACAGACCUUCUCGUAGAUGUUUUAGACCCAAGAAUGCUUUGGAGUUGCUGGAGGAUAUGGGUAGUGAGGACCAGCGGCUUUUAAGCUACCUCCUUGCCCUGACCCUUUUGGAUGAUGAGGACUUUGAUUUUAUCCAAUUUGAGCUUGUUUGAUACACGGGCAAGGCUUUGAAUACUUCAUGGAUACUGGGCCCUGGACAUCGCCAUCUUGUGUAAUUGUUUUUUUUUUUGGUUUUUUUUUUUUUGUGGUGUGCCAUUAACAGUCUGAAGCAUGGUGUAUAUGGACCUCUUGCCUCCCAAUACACUAACCUGCUUGAGCCAUUGUCUAAUUUUCAGCCUCCAUCUGGCUUUUGAUUAUGAUGUCACUGGCAUUUUGUUUGAUGGAGCACAUUUUGAAAGGGUAGCUCUGCUUUUCUCUUGGUGGCCAGGUUUAAAGUAUUUUGUAACUUUAUGAAAAGGUUAAAUAAUUGUACUUGUUUACUUGUGUAUGGUAUUUGGAAUCUCCUCAAUGAGUGCCUCAUGGUAAUAUUUGUACAUUACUUCAAGAAUAUAUUUUAAUGAUAUGAGUCUUCAGUUUUAUUUUUGUAAGGGAGGGGGCACAACUCCAGUCUUGGAUAGCUGGGUCAGCAUAAUUUAAUAAUUUGCCUGCUCACACAUGUGAUUACCAGUUAAUGUGGAGUAAAUUCAAACUGUACUGGAUUUCAGGAUCAGAGUUGACAGCCUCUGGCUUGAAAUCUGCCACUUGAGCCAUGUCUUACUCCUGUUAAACCAAACACUGACUGCUUUUUUUUUUUUUUUUUGUAUUUGAACCUUGCUUUAGCCUGAGAUUUCACUCAAAUGUAACCUGUUAACUAGCUGCUGGAAACUGUUAUACCCAUCACCCUUGCAAUAUACACCAAGAUGUGGCAUCACAUUUUAUUACUUUUAAGUGUUUGCUCAAUUCAAAAAGAUAUAAUAAAGUGUUUGGUUUGCCUCACUUGCUCUUGUUUGUGCUGUGAAAUGGAACUAUAGUAAUUCCUUGCAAAGUUAAUUACAUGAUUCUUACCUAUUGUCUGAGAAUCCUCAGUUCCUGUUGUGUGGGGUUUUUUUUUUUUGUGUACUAAACUGUUUCAGAGAUAAAAAUGAAGAUGGAAAGAUAAAACAAAGGCAACCUGAGUAAGCACAAAAUGCAGUUUAAAUGAUUGAUGCAAGUCAUCUAAUACCAGCUGGGCCUGUGGGGGAGGAAUGUAUUUGCCCCUGUACCUAAUUAUUCCCCAAAACUAUGAAACUGCACUCAUAAUGGGGCUUAGCUGAACAAGAAGCAACCAGGCCUGAUUGAACAGAGUUUGCAAUAAUCUAAUCAACUCUUAAAUAGAACUUUUUCAACAGCAUUAAGUUGGUCAAAAGGUUCUACCAGUAACACUACCAAAAUUUAACAAUUCCACAAAUGUAGGUGAUGGAAAUGCAUCAGUUUGGGAAGGGUUAUAAAGCUAUUUCAAAGCUUCUGGGACUCCAAAGAACCAGUGAGUUAAU